AUGGAUAUGGAAAGGCGAAAAGAAGAGUUGGAAAAGAAAAGACAGAAACUUGCCGAGCUUCGACGUGCAAGGGAGGAGCGAAAGCAAGUCUUUAGUCAUGCAACAUCAGUGACAAACAUAACUUCCGAGACGCCGAAAGAAAAUGAUAAAUCCCGUAAAGUUUUUAUCGAUGAUCUUGUUGAUUCUUUACUUCGAAAAGGUUCACCGAACGAACAAACUCAGCCCGUGCCGAAGCCCGAAGUUCUGGAUACCUCUGAUAAGGCUUCCACUCAUACGACUGCAUCUGUUUCGGUUUCAACACAUUAUGCGCCAUCUCCAAGUACCUCAGUUCCUCAGAGCCCUCAAGUAACAACUCCUCACAACAGUCGCUUUGUUCCCUUUAUUCCGGAGUUCUCAUCCUUUGAAGCUGUUAUUUUGGAUAUUGCUCCAAAGGAAAUAGUUCUCUAUAAUAAAGAAGUUCAAACUGCGGAAAACUCUUUUGGUCCACCGCCGCCUUCUGAACAAGAAAUUCGUUCUAAAAUAUUAAAAGAACAAGAAGAAAUAGAAAAGGCAAAACAAACUGCUUUGGAAGAAGAACGAUUAAGAGCUGAAGCGGAAAAAAAGAAAGUUCAAAAACUCAAAGAUAUCUCUGAGGAAGAAAAGAAAAAAAUUGUUGGCUCUGCUGAAUUCGUAGAAUUCAUCGAUUAUUCGACAAAAAUUGUGGAGAGAGCGCUUAAUGAAAACUAUGAUUUCAUGAAAGACUAUAGCAUCAUCAAAGAUGUUGAGAGUGAUGAUAAAAGCGGUACCAGAGUUAAAUACAUGUGCUCGUUCUUCGAUGAUCAAUGGAGCAAGAAUCGCUCUGUUACAGAUGUGAACUGGUCAAAGAAAAAUCCCGAGUUGGUUGUCGCUUCAUACAACAAAAAUCCGAUUGCGAUGAAUGAACCCGACGGUGUCGUUUUAGUGUGGAGUUUACGCCUACUUGAACGCCCAGAAUUCAUAUUUCAUUCCCAGUCGGAUGUUCUUACAACUGCGUUCUCCGAAUUCCACCCUACUCUUGUCAUCGGUGGCACAUAUUCCGGACAAAUAGUCCUCUGGGAUAUGAGAGCAAAAUCUUUACCUGUUCUUAAAACACCUCUCUCUUCUAAUGGGCACACACAUCCGGUUUAUUCGAUGCAAAUGGUUGGAACUCAGAACGCUCACAAUCUCGUUACUGCAAGUACAGAUGGCUUGGUUUGUUCUUGGCAGUUGGAUAUGCUCGCUCAACCACAG